GGAGACGCGCGUGCGGUUACCAAGCAUGGCGGCGCUGUUAUGGAUGUUCGCGUGCUUGACGUGCUUCGGGAGCACAAUUUGCGUGAACGAUGCGAACUCGGACCGAGUCAACGUGACGCACGUCGUGUCGAAGGACACGUUUGUCUUCGAUCAAGCCUUCAAUCUGACCGGGAGUCAGGACAGUGCUCCUUCACCGCCUCAGCUGUCGACUUCCACGGAGCAGAGUGCUCAUGUUCCGGGGAGUGAUGGAGGAGUCCGGGCGGCGACAUCCACCCUCCUCCCUGCUACUGAAUCACAAACUGCACAGACAUCCGGUAUCACAGCAGCGGAUUUACCAACAACGGGGACACCAUUACUGACCAAAACAAGCACAAUAACUACCUUAAACCCCACAGCAGAGGGUGGGGGCAGUUCAUCACUGCCUUUACCCCUCUCAGGGGCACUGCCUCAGCCUGUUUCUGAAGUUUCUGCAGUGUGUCCGUGUAACAUACAGAGAGAGCGAUGUGAUAUAAACUGCUGCUGUGACCCAGACUGUACUCAGGAGCUGGCCUUAUUCACACAGUGCACAGUGCAGAAAGUUGUUGGGAAUGCUAAGAAGUGUAGCCAGGAUGCAGCCAUGUACACACUCACUGUAACUCCUGAUGGUUUGUCCCAAGUGACAAGGUCUGUCCAGCAAGAGAUCAACCCUGAUGUCUUCUGCAUUCAGUCUGCCAACUAUGAACAGGGCAUGUCAUUCAUCAACCCCACGAUUCCCACCGUGAGCAAUUUCGACAGUCUGUUCGCUCGCUUUGUAGGAUUCUUCUUCAGAGGCUCCAGUGGAGACGCUGGUGCAUUGCAGACUCCUGCACAGGAAACCUCUGUGGGAUAUGUGUAUGGCGAUCUCAUCCAGACAAUGAAUGAUCUCGAGCAGCGAGGUUUCUUCAAGCUUCCAGCAUCAGCCGGUGCGGCUAUCUGCUUAGAUACGAAUCCUGCAGCCUUUUUGAAGGACCAGACAAGCAGAUGUGUGAGGAACUUCGAUUUGAAACAAGACUGCACUGUAUUAGAUGCGCUGAACAUUAAGGCCUAUACCAGUUUCAGCAUUUUUACAGGGAAGGACAAUAAUGCAGAUCUGGUGUUUGUAGCAGUGGAAGCCAUUACAUUGCAGUCUCUAGAGGGCACACACACACUGGUGCAGACGGACGCUGCUGCUGCUUCUGAAUACACGCCCGUGUUUAACGGUCUGAUCUGCAACCAGGUGGUGUUACAGGUUAAAUACACGGUGAGGUUUGAUGACGCCGGACAAAUUGUGGGCGUGUCAGCGUCAUUUGUCCUGGGUGCCGUCGAUACAAAAACACUGCCGAUUCAACAGGAGUUCCAGAUAAUGUUUGAACAGGCGUCCAGAAAUGACACUACGCUGCACUCUAGUGGAAAUCCGGGUUAUGUGGUUGGUCUGCCCCUUGUGGCCGGAUGGAGAACUGCAGAGGGAAUUAUUCGAAGCUCAGAUCCAGACGGGUCUCUUACUGUCUUGAAGAGCUCUGCUGGACAGGACUGUCUGCUCGGCCCCACUGAGCGCAUACCUGUACUGUUUGGGACUGAUGUACUCUCAGGAUGCACCUUCAGGCUUGAUGAUGGCGCGAAUUGUUCAUUACUCUCUGAAGUCAUUUUGGGAAGGCUAAAAGGCCAGACUUUUCCCGACUACGUGGCGUCUUUUGGAAAUUCUCUUCCUCAAAACCCCAUGGACUGGGUUCCUAUAGAGAAUCAAACCACACCCACGGGCAUGCAGGGAUGCAGCAUUCCAGUGUCCUAUCAUCUUGAAAUAAAAUGGACCAAGUAUGGUACCUUGCUGAACCCCCAAGCCCUGAUAGUAAAUGUAAUGGAAACAAUCCAGACCAACACCAGCACCUUGCCGUCUCCCUCUACUGGUGGUGGUGUCGUUUCAGUCAGGAGCUCGGUGAGCUUUAUUGACGUGUCGCUGUCAGCCAGCCCAGGAUUCAGAGUUCCUCCAACCAUCAACGCCAAACUGCCAUCUGACUUCUUCUUCCCGUUUGUAUGAACAGGGAAACGAGUAAGCAUUUCACAUUGAGGUCAUUUCCUGUCUAACGUAACAGGGAUACAGUGCACACAUUUGAUUACAUGAAUCUUUCCAAUGUACAAUGGCUUUUGGAUUCUUAAUUUCCUCCCAUAUUAACAGCAGGAUAUUCAGUAUAAAACACAUUUAUAGAUGAGAUAUAUAUUUAUGAGAUAUUCAGGGCCUUUAUUAAAAACUUUUACAUACAAAAUUGACAUUUUACAUUUCAUUAUUCUUUAUUGUGUUCUAAUUGUCCCUUUUCUAAAAAUGGUGUUUAUGUAAAUAGUAAAUUAUUCUGUAUGAACUGUAUAUAUUGCACAUUUUCUGUUUAUUCUGUAUGCAUAUGGUUUUUAAUUCAAAUAAAAUACUUGAUUCCUUUGUCAAAUACAAUA